AUGCCUUCUGCAUCUGUUACAGCACCCAAUGACCAGGCUCUUGGUGCCGUCACUUCGGCCAAGUCACUGCAAACGGCUGAUGAGCUUGUUGAGGCCCUACAAGCAACCAACACAGCUCCUCUCUGGGCCCAGAUGCAACGUCUGAACCCUCCGGCUCCAAACCCUCAAACCAUUCCCUACGUCUGGUCCUAUGAUAAGAUCAAACCGUAUCUUCUCAAGGCUGGACAGCUUAUUACUGAGAAGCAAGCUGAGCGUCGUGUCCUGAUGCUUGGGAACCCUGCGAGAGCCGCACCAUAUACUACUGACACUCUGUAUGCUGGACUCCAGCUGGUGCAGCCCAAGGAAACAGCACCUGCGCACAGACACACCGCCUUCGCAUGCAGGUUCAUCAUCGAAGGCACUGGCGGCUUCACUGCAGUUCACGGCAAGAGAGUUCCCAUGAAGCCUCGAGACGUAAUUGUCACGCCCACUUGGAACUGGCAUGAUCACGGCAAGAAGGGUGCUGAUGAAGAAGGCGGAGAUGAUCAGCCAGUUAUCUGGCUCGAUGGACUUGACCUCCCGAGCUUCAUCCACUUCCCUGUCCAUUUUGUCGAACAUCACACAGCUGCACGAUACCCGGCUGAAGAUUACGAAGAGUCUGAUAUUGUCUACCCAUGGAGUAUGAUGCAGCCCAGGCUCGAUGCUAGUCCUGAUGAAUGGGUCUCUGAGCCGUACCUGAAGCCUAGUGGGGCCGAAAUUGGCCGAAUAAUCGGUGCUUCAGCUGAGAGACUUAAUCCAGGAGCAAAGUCACCCGAGAUUCAAGAGACAAGCUCUGCUGUGUACCAUGUUAUUGAAGGCUCUGGUUCGACUCAAGUCGGAGACAAGGUCCUGGAGUGGAAGCAGGGUGAUACGUUUUGCAUUCCGACUUGGCACAAGUAUCAGCAUCAUGCAGAUACCAAGAAAAAGGUUUAUCUUUACAGAUUUGACGAUAAGCCGAUGCUCAGGGCUUUAGGCUUCUACCGGGUGGCGGGAGUUGAUGUUGAGACUUAUGUCUCUGAUUGA